AUGCCCCCCAGACGUUCCACCAAACAGUCGUCGGGACUGACCCAACCUACACUGUCGUUCCAGACAAGGAGACCGACACGUGGGAGCGCCAAGUCCGCGGCGAAGAAGGCCGCAUCGCCUCCCGUUGCGCGCAAGACCUCUUCGUCCGUCUCCUCAGCGGAGCCGGUCACCCCCGCCGAGGCCGUUGUCGACCUCACGUCCAACAAGGAACCGGAACGUCCGGAUCUUCACCCGAACAGCAAGCAAUGGGAUGGUCUUUACAAAGCUGCCAAGCAAGAGAUGGGAGGAUUGCCACCUAUCCAUGCUGGCCCCGAGGUCACAAAGGUGCACCACAUCCUCCGCGUUUUCGAUUUGACGUCCAAGUACGGACCGUGUGCGGGUAUGACGAGACUGGAGCGGUGGAACCGGGCUAAGAAAUGGGGCUUGAAUCCGCCUGAAGGUAUCAAGGACAUCCUCGAGACUAAGCAAGGCGAAGAUGAUGUGUCGUUCAGGGACCCAGUAUCCCGAGAUUGGGUGUGA